AUGAGUUUCUUCAAUAACAAAGCAGGAGUAACUGCUUCAACAUGGGGGAGCAUGUUGAAACAGGCGAUAAAUACAGUGGAAAGCAAAAUUGAUAAGGCUUUAGACAUAGGCUCAGAGAACGCUUAUGAAUAUCAAGGUGAAGUGUAUGUGGAUCCUGUAACGGGAAUAAUAGCGACUAUAGACAACCCCGAAAUACCGCUAAUGGUAGAGAACGAUAAUUCAGCCUCAUCAAGAGAGUAUUCACAAGAGCAAAAAGAAACGCAAGAUUUGCAGGAAACCGCUGCUACGUCAAGCUCAGCGGAGAAUUUGCUUCCCAUUUGCACUCCUCCAACAUCGCCAGCAGUGAAUCCAUCAUCAGACACACUCACUCCUUCAACGCUGUCAAUAGCUGUGGUAUCCAAUGAUUCAACGAAAAUAGAUGCCAAUUCGGCGACCACACGCACAUCGCUAUCCGAUACAUUAGUAACGCUCAAGCAAAUACUCGCCACUCAAGAUGAUAGCGCAAGUGAUAAUAACAUUGAAUCGUUUUCACACAAAUCAAGCGAAUCACACGAAUCGCAUCGUUCGAUUCAGACAGAUACAAUUGCCGAUGCUGGAGCAGAAGAAUAUAAUAAUGAGGAUACUGGUAUGGAUUCUGAUGAGAUUGUCGAUAAAAACAGUGGAUAUGAGUCGUCCGGUUUAUUGAAUGCUAGUGAUGAAGGUACACUCGAUGAGAGAUCGAGUCACGACGAGCUUAGACCUGCAGAUGGAAGACAUUAUGAAGAAAUUAUUGCAACUAAAGAACAACGGUUGCGCGAUGUACUGGAACAGAAUAUCACCUUGAACAAGCAGAUAGAAGAAUUGCAAGGCAAAAUAAUGGAGAUAGAAGAGAACAAGGAUGCCAUGUUGAAGAUUGCUAACGGUAAAAUUGACGAUUUGGAAAAGUCAUUGGAGCAGACUAGAGAGGCUGCCCAAAAAGCACAACAAUUAACCACUACCGUAGAAGCAUCACAGAAAACAGUUGAAAAUCAACGAAAACUACUUCUUGAGAAGGAUGAACAAAUAGCUAAAUUAGUGCAAGCUGGCGAGAAGAACGAAUAUGAUAAACGAGUUCAAAUAGAAGAACUUCAAAAGGAAUUGGAGCAAUUACGUACAGAAUCAGGAACAUCUGAGGAUAAUUUGAGGAUAGAACUUCGUGAAUUGCGAUCAACGCUCAUAGAAUCGGGAGAGAGAGCUGGUCAACAAGAAGACGCUUUAAGAAAGGAGAUUGAGUCUCUGCAACAUCGACUACAACUAGCCGAGUCUGCCAAGCAGGAAGCCAAAAUGGAGGAGUGGGAAACGGAAAGAAUACAGCUAAUUAGGCGGAUAGACGAACUUCAGACACAGCAUACUUUAUCCAAGAAGAAUUGGGAAAAAACCGAGAUACGAUUAAAAUCUCAACUGGCCGAACGUGAGAAUGAUCGUGAACGUCUGACUAAGAAGGAACAAAGCGUAAAAGCUGAACUCGCUGAAUUGUCGUCAAAAUUAGAGUCGACUUCUCUUCAAUUAAUAUCGGAACGUAACGAAGUCUCUCGUUUAGACACACUUGUUUCCACCCUUCGCAGCCAAGUCUCUACUUUGACGUCGCAGAAUUCGUCUCUCUCCGCUGAUCUGUCAUCGCUUGCAGAAUCCCAUUCGGCCGAACUCGCCACUCUUGCUGACAAACACUCUAGAGAAUUAAAAGAAAUGUUACAAUCAAAAGAUGGCGAAUGGGAAGCUAAACUCAACAGCGAAAUCGAAAAAAUAAAGAAGGACCAUGAACACGAAAGAGAAAAAGAGAAACGGAAAUCAAAUUUGACACUCGAUUUUAGUACUCGUAGUCCCACUUAUAGUUUACGAUCUACUAGCGAAACUUCCUUAGGAAUAUAUAAGAACGAUAAUGGGAAUGUCGGGAAAGGAGAGGAGGGAGCGUUUACUGGAGUCAGAUCGCCAAUGCUAUUUAGUCCGGUAUCGAGUGCAAGGAGUAGUAUAGACGGUGGGAAUGGUGUAAUGGGUAGCGUGGUCAUGUUUGAGAAAUUCAGUAAUAAUGUAAAACAGUUGGAAGCUCAGGUUGCUAACCUGCAGGCACAGUUACACGUUACUACUAAAAAUCGAGACGAAUUGUCCGACGAACUGGUCCGAAUGACAAUGCAACUGGAAGAAUUGAAAUCAAAAUCGGCAGACUAUGACAUUUUAUCGGAGGAACACACGGAAUUGAACGAACGGUAUAAUACUCUUUUAGAGUUGUUGGGCGAGAAAACCGAGGAAGUAGAGGAAUUGCAGGCUGAUUUGGCAGAUGUUAAACAAGCAUUUAGGGCUCAAAUUACUGAGCUAUGUGCCAAAGCCGAUCAGUCCAAGAAAUAA